ACAUCAGUCGAUCAGCGUGAUUACGUCACAGCAGAUGAAGUUUUUGGUUGCUGUUUCGAAACUGACAGAACUAAGCGAGGCGCCUUAGAGCAAGCACACUGUGUAAGAUUUCUUCUUUUUGCUCAUUUGGAAUCCAUUUAUUCCGUUCAAAAUGGAAUUCAUCAUGAAAGCUUCGGUUUUUUCCUCUAAAGAAUUGUUUAGUAAUCACUUAUUUCUGCGUCGUUUACUGAAAAAUACUGGAAGGAUGAUUUCUGUCAAAUCUUUCAAAUUUGAAGAUCUCACACUUAAUCAGUCUGUGAACCUUCAACCCUUACCUGAUCCUGCCACACUAUUUUUUGGUCAAGUAUUCAGUGACCACAUGCUAAAAAUUGAAUGGACUGAAUCUAAUGGUUGGGGGCAACCACAAAUUACACCACUCCAUUACUUGCCGAUGCAUCCUGGAUCCAAAGUUCUACAUUAUGCCCAAGCAGUUUUUGAAGGUAUGAAAGCUUUCAAGCGGCUUGAUUCUAAAGUGGCCCUCUUUCGUCCAGAACUCAACAUGAAACGUCUACUGGCUUCCGCUGAAAGAGCCUCGCUUCCUUCAUUUGACUGUGAAGAACUUCUGAAGUGCAUCAAAAAACUGAUUUCAGUGGAUCUCAGGUGCGUACCAGCCGAUGGUAAAAGCUCUCUGUACAUAAGACCCACCUAUAUAGGGUCGGAAAACUCACUAGGGGUAAGUCCGUCUAAAUCGGCAUUGUUAUAUGUAGUGACGUGUCCGAGUGGACCCUAUUUCAAAACUGGUCUAACCCAACCAGUAUCUCUUCUUGCUGAUCCGAAUUAUGUCCGAGCCUGCCCUGGAGGAGCUGGGGCUUAUAAACUUGCUGCGAACUAUGCCCCUUCUUUGUAUGUCCAGAAAUUAGCUCAGGAACAAGGUUUGGAUCAAGUGUUAUGGUUGUAUGGAAAGGAUCAUCAGGUAUGCGAAGCAGGUGCUAUGAAUGUUUUCUUUCUUUUGAAAAAAGAAAGUGGACAGCUGGAACUUGUAACACCACCAUUAGAUGGAACCAUACUCCCGGGAGUCACAAGACAAAGUGUUCUAGAUUUGGCGCGAAAUUGGAAGGAAUUUGAUGUUUCUGAAAGGAAUAUUGUGAUGCAAGAGCUCAUCAAUCUCAAUAAAGAAAAGCGACUACUGGAAAUGUUUAUUUGUGGUACUGCUUGUACACUAUGCCCGGUAAAUUUGAUUCGUUUCAGGGGAAAUGAUAUUAAAAUCCCGACUAUGGGAAGUGGAAAUGCAAUGUACUUACGGUUUUUGAAAGCCAUAACAGAUAUUCAGUAUGGUCGAGUGGAAUCAAACUGGUCUGUUCCGAUUAACUAAAAGUUGAAAAUAAAGCAAAUGGAAUAUUAAAUCCUUCAGUGUGUAUAUUCAAGCAAGUAUCAAAUAUAUCGGCCUUAUCAUUAAUGAUUUACAUUUGUUUCAAAUGAAAUGCUAUAAUAUUAUGAAAAUAGAGAUCUAUCUUGAUAUUUCAAAAAAAUACGAAGUUUCAGUGUCACAAAAAGGUAAGUUGAGUACCAGGAAAUUUAGCCGCUCCUUUAGGGAAAAAAAUUAGUUCUUCAUUAUUUCAUGAAUCUUAUAUAUGGUAUAAAGGUUGAAAUAUAUUUGUAUUUCAUUAUAGAUCAAAAAUUGUAGUUCUUUCACUUUUAAGAAUUUUUUUUACCAAUAUUCUCUUCUCUACGAUCUGUAUUUUAUCAGAUGUAAACUAAUCGAGUUUUUUUAUUCAUCGUUU